GGGCGGGGGAUGUGCAGAGUGCAAUUCGCCACUCACUCACACAGUGGUCCUCCCCUUGUCCUCUCUCCGUCUGGCACACUUUCUAAUGCCGUGUAGCUGCAGCUAGACGACACGCAAGCACCUGUGAGCCCUCAGCUGUCACAGUCGCGGCUUUGGGAUCCGUGGGGUAAUUGCGGGGACGCUUCGUGGGAAUAGGCAGCUCGUAGCCUUCCUCCGAACAGCCGAAAGGGACUGCCUCUUGGACUGUGCACUUCUACAACAGCAAACCUUUGGAUUUUUGUUUUGCACUCGGAUAAAUUCCCGGUCCCCGCUCCAAGCACACCAGUGGAAACGCGGUAUGGAUGACCGAGAAGGGUAGGAGCAUUCACACUGGCUCUGUCCACUGUACGGACCGUGGAAUCGCCGCAUACUCACCCACUGGUCAAGUAAUUUCAUAAAAAGGAGAAACUGUUCGGUCUUACUAUUCGAUUAAGUGUUUUGUAAUCAAGGGGAAAGCAUUCCAUUCACAAGCAGUCGAAUGAGAGUCAUAUUUGCCCUUGGCAACUGAAGAUGAUGUUACUAUGGAAACAACUUGUGCUGCUAUCAAUCUUUGGCUGCCUUGCAGCUCCUGCAGAAGAUGUAGCUUUUCGAGGGCCUAGCUGGAAGCUGGAGCCCACUGACCUGAUCCUACCCAUCAGCUCUCCCGAGCAGGAGGCCACUCUGCAGUGCCAGGCCGAUGGGAACCCGACUCCGCAGUACAGAUGGUCUCUAAACGGAACGCUCAUUGAUCUCAGGAGUGACUACCGGCGUCGCUUGUCUGGGGGCAGCCUAAUCAUUAGCAGUCUGGACAGAGACCAAGACACCGGGGUAUAUCAGUGCACUGCCUACAACACAUGGGGCACUAUCCACAGCCAGAAAGCAAGCCUGCAGUUUGCAUACCUUGAAAACUUCAAAAGUCAAACGAGGAAUGCAGUAAACGUAAGGGAAGGUCAAGGAGUCGUUUUAUUGUGUGGGACACCUAUGCAUUCUGGAGAACUCACUUUUGCCUGGAUCUUCAACGAGUACCCUUACUUUGUGCAGCAGGAUAGUCGUCGCUUCGUCUCCCAGGAGACAGGCAACCUCUACAUCGCCAAAGUGGAGCCGUCCGACGUGGGCAACUACACGUGCGUGGUGAACAACAGCAUCACCAAAGAAAGGGUGCUCAGCUCUCCAACCCCUUUGGUCUUGAGGAACGACGGAGCUAUGGGAGAAUAUGAGCCCAAAAUAGAAGUUCAUUUCCCCGACAGUGUCCCAGCUGCAAAAGGAUCAGUGGUCAAGCUGGAGUGCUUUGCUCUUGGAAACCCAGUGCCAGAGAUCAGCUGGAGGAAGACGUCUGGCGAUCCGUUCCCCAGCAAAGUGAAGCUGAGGAACUCCAACGCCAUCCUGGAGGUCCCCCGCUUCCAGCAGGAAGAUGCCGGCACGUACGAAUGCGUCGCCGAGAACAGCCGGGGCAAGAACACUGUACGGGGAAGACUGUCUUUCCACGCCAAGCCCCACUGGCUCCAAACGAUGAUGAACGCAGCCCUGUCGAUCGAGGACAAUUUAGCCUGGGAGUGUAAAGCGAGUGGAAGACCCAAGCCAUCCUACAGCUGGUUGCGUAAUGGAGAGAUGCUAGCUGCAGAGGGCCGAGUGCAGAUCGAGAAUGGCGUUCUUUCCAUCGUUUCAUUAAACCUGUCAGAUGUCGGGAUGUAUCAGUGUGUGGCGGAAAACAAACAUGGCAUUAUUUAUGCCAGCGCCGAGCUAAUGGUGUUAGCUGCACCUCCGAGCUUCUCGAAGAGUCCACUGCAAGUACUUCAGAAGGCGCGCUCAGGCAGCGAGGUAACCAUGGAAUGCAGGCCUCAGGCCUACCCUCAGGCCAUCAGUCUGUGGAAGAAGGGAAAUGAGAUUUUGCAGAGAAGCGAAAGGAUCACACUCUUUCCCAAUGGUACUUUGAAAAUUGCCAACGUGACCAGGAGGGAUGGAGGAAGCUACACAUGCAUUGCUAAAAAUCAAUUUGGGACGGCUAGCGCAAUGGGAAGGUUGCUAAUUACAGAGCCCACCAGGAUCACUGUGGGACCAAGCAACAUGGAAAUCAUUGUUGGCGAGAGCAUCGUGCUUCCCUGCCAGAUAGCCCACGACCCGGCUCUGGAUGUGUCCUUCUCCUGGGCAUUCAACGGGCAGCUUGUGGACUUUGAUCGGGAUGGCGAUCACUUCGAGAGAGUAGGCGGGUCUAUUGCAGGGGAUCUGAUGAUUCGAAACAUCCAGUUGAACCACGGCGGCAAGUACGUCUGCCUUAUUGAUACUGACGUGGAGCAUAUGUCAGCGGAUGCCAUACUGAUCGUUAAAGGCCCCCCUGGGCCCCCUGAGAUGGUGCUGGUGGAGGAGAUCACAGACAGCACGGCGCAGCUCUCCUGGACACCCGGCCGGGACAACGGCAGCCCCAUCACAGGCUACGUGGUCCAGGCCCGCACCCCCUUCACCGUGGGCUGGCAGGCAGUGGACACAGUCCCAGAAGUCAUCAAUGGAAACACACUGACUGCCACAGUGGUGGGCCUGAACGCCUGGGUGGAGUAUGAGUUUCGAGUGGUGGCCAGUAAUAGCGUUGGGAUGGGAGAGCCCAGUCCACCGUCCCUAAAGACACGGACCGAGGAUGCUAUCCCGGAUACAGCUCCCACUGAUGUCGGAGGCGGGGGCGGCACAAAAUCGGAAUUAGUUAUAACAUGGGAGCCUGUGCCCGAGGAACUCCAAAAUGGCGAGGGCUUCGGUUACAUCAUCGCCCUGCGGCCGGCCGGAUCCGUCACCUGGACGCGCGCUGUCGUCUCCACGCCGGGCCUGGCCAAGUACGUCCUGCGCAACGACACCAUCCCGCCGUUUGCGCCGUUCGACGUGAAGGUGGGCGCCUUCAACAAGCGCGAAGGGCCCUUCAGCUCUGUGGCCACUGUGUUCUCAGCUGAGGAAGUGCCGAGCCUGGCUCCAGUGAGAACCAGGGGCCGGAGUGUGUCGGCAUCUGACAUUGAAGUGGUUUGGGAACCGCUGCGCUCCAUCCCUGAGAGGGUGCUGGGUUACGAGGUGGUGUACUGGGAGGAUGACACCAAACCAGACACAGUGGGCAAGGUGAGGAUAUCCGCCAACUACACAGCGGUGAACAUCAGCGGCCUGCGGGGAAGCACCCAGUACUACCUGGCGGUCAGCGCCUUCAACACGGCCGGCACCGGAUCCCAGUCCCAGCCCAUCAACGCCACCACCAAGAAACCCCCCCCUGGACAGCCUCCACUGAAUGUAAAGUGGACUCUUAUUGGCUCUCAGCUCACCCUGCAUUGGGACCCAGUUACAGCCCUGGAGACCGAGUCCGAGGUCACAGGAUACCUUGUUUUGUGCCGCAGACACCGCCACAACGAUGUUAACGCCAUCACCACUGACCAGACCACGGCCGAAAUAACCCUGUCAGCCAACGACAACUACGUCAUCGAGAUACGGUCGCUGAGUGAAGGGGGAGUGGGUGUGGGGAGCGAGCCAAUCCACAUCCACAAACUGAGCAUGGGUGCGAGGGGCUCGGGAGCAGCUCGGCGUGGCAGUGUGGCCCUCUCCCCUCUCCUCCUUGUGACGCUGUGCUUGGCACUCUCCACUGCCUCCUGAGGACUGACGCCUCCCCACCGCCACCACUACUCCUCCUCCUUCCUCUGCCUCUUCACCCUUUCUCUCGUCUCUAUCCCUCCAUCUCCCUCUGGCUCCUUUCAUGUCAACUCCCACCAUCGCUCUCUCUCCUUUCCGCACACCCACCCCUCCUCCUCUUCUUCUCUCUCCCUCUAUCCCCUUCCUGAUACUUGUCUUUCUUUCCUGCUGGUGUAUCGCUUCCUCCACCCUCAUCAUCUCAUCUUUGUGGUGCGAUUAUCCGCGUCUGCCUGCCUGUAUGCAUAUUCAUGCAAAUCACAUGGGCGUACAUGAAGACACUAGGCACUAGACACAGGUGUGGCGUGUCUCGGCCAUGCAUAAUUAAUGACAAUGGGGAAAGGUUAAUGAACUGGUAUGCAUAAUAUUUAACGGCGUGUCAACAUCAGAUAUGUCACCCAUCUAAAAGAGAGAAAAAAACACAAACCUCUCAAGACAUUUCACUUACAACUAAUUACGCUUCAACAGAGAAGUGCUGAUGUCUACAUUGUCUUCGCCUCUGAUCCUUGGAACAAACUAAUGCCUUAAAACAUUUACAUACCAAAGUAGAUAACAUAUAAGGAUUUGCAUUUCUCUUGUUAGUGUCUCCUUCGUGCUGUGUACAUUCAGCUGCCACAAAUAAGAUAUUUUUGAUCAAUUCAACUUCCCACUUGAAAGGGAUGUUGCUUGCAGAAAUUCCCUUUUAGUAGGCUCCCUCAUCAACAGUCAUGUAUUUAGUGAGAAGAGAUGGCUUUGGUGGGCUAAAUAUUACAUUUACCCAUAAUUAUAGGAUGCCGUGUUAAGAAUAACACUUUUCAGUUAGGUGACAUGCUUUUAUCUAGCUUCCUGAAGUGGGUGAGCGGCCAAGUAGGUGGACAGAUUGACAGUCUUUAUGGUUACAAUGAUCAAGUGGCAUUAGAUUAGUUAAAAUGAUUUAGUGGGGGGAAAAGAGACUAUGCCGUGUGUGUGUGUGUGCAUGUGUGUGUGCAUGUGUUUCAUGUCACAGGAAACGAAAAAUAAAAACAAGACCUGUGCCUAACAUCCUUAUUGGCUAAUAGACAGCGGUAGAAAUAGAGAGCAAAAUUCCAGCAUGCCGUUUAGAGAGCAACCAGGUCUUGUCUAGCCUGACCCUCUCCACCUCCUGUGCGAUGGGACCCACUUGCUGUAUUAGUUUUAAUUAUUCAUACUUAGCGCUCUGUGCAUGCUGCACAGUUGCUGUGAUUGAUACUAUUUGGGAACAAAUCUCUCAUCAGGCAUGAAGAAAAGGGUACGCCGAGGCGAGAUGUCUGGAGAAACGGUGUGUGGUGUUGAACACUCUCUCGUGUGGCCUUGAAAGACCAGUCCAAUGGGCUUCGAUGGAGCCCUACGCAGAGGGUAGAGUUUGCGUAGAGUUAGUGCCUUCGCAGGGGACUUUUUUUUUUUUUUUUUUUUUGGUCAUGAUUUAUUUGUGAGGGCAAAACAUUAUCAAAUUCUGCCAGACUGCAGUUUUUCAGUGUACGUUUCUGUAAACUGGCGUACAACACGUGCACAAAGGAGUUUUUGCGAGGGACUAAGUGGCUCGAUACGAGACUGGAAUGAAAAUGGGCUCGUCAUUAAAGUUGCAUGACUCUAAUGGCAUACCUGACAAAUGCAACAGAGGUGAAAGCUUUACAGUGGCAAAAAGGGAGAUUAGAGAGGUGAAGUCUUACUCUCACAUUCUGCAUAUCGACUGUCCUUAGUGCCCCAUCAUAAUAAAUGUAUGGCCUGGUAUUCUACAUAAUGUAGAGGUCAUUAGGCCUUGUAACCCAUGAAAGCAGCUUUCUACAGGAGACCUUUUCCCCUGAAGCUUACAUUACUGUAUGCUCAUCCUAUCCUUGGGCCUUGCAGAACAUGUUUGGUGUGUGCUGAGCUUUAAGUCUAACUGAUGGAGCUUCUCUCUUGUUUUUUCAUGCGAUGCGUGUGUGUGUGUGUGUGUGUGUGUGUGUGUGUGUGUGUGUGUGUUGAUGGAGUUGCAAAAGCUUCUGUGUGGUGCACGUGGUCAACUGAGUGGCUUGCUUUGCUGUGAGGAAUUGUGCCUUUCACUGAUCCCAGGACUCUUUGGUCUGACUGUGCUUUGGUGGCCUAACAGGCUACAACUCUCUUGCAUUUGAAAUUGUUCCUUUCCCCAACCCCCUCUCUCUCUCUCUCUCUCCCUCCCUCUCUCUCUCACACACACACACACACACACAGGCACACACACACACACGCACACACAUAAGCUGAAUCAAAUCAAAGUUGAUUCAGAAGUUGAAUGAAUCAAAAGCACAAGGAAGUCAACCAAGGUGACGCAACGCAUCCCUGCCAAGCUAGUUGGACAGGUGUGCAGGGACCUGAAGGCGCAUCUACACUGCACUAUGCUCAUAGUCCCCCCACCACUCCCACCACUAUCCCUGCCCUAUCCGCCCAGCUUGGCGUGUCCUGGGCUUUCAGGAAGGCCAGGCAGUGUUGAUUAGGCUGCAGCGGCCGAGUCAAUGAGAUAUUGAUUUUCUGCUUCCAUUAUUGCUGCUGUCACAAUGCAGACAGUUGAGUGACUGAUGCCAAUGUUCCUGUUGCACGUCUCAGCGCCAGAUUAUGGUUUGCCCUCUCUCUCUAUCUCUAUCUCUCUCUCUCAUUAUCUUGUCCUUUUUCAUUCACCACCUUUUCGCAGCGCUUUUGUGCUUUACUUUUUAUUAUUAUUUUGAAAGUCCAAGCCCCCUAUGACCUUGGUUUAGCAGAAAUGCGGGACUAUUUUUCUUAUUUAUUUUAGGGUAUCCUCGAAUGAAUUUCAAGUAGUGGCAAACGUUUUUGGUUUGUUUCUAACAUAUUUUUUUAAAGAGUGAUGCAGUGCUGUUAAGAGAGCAAAUAAGAGUUCAGUAAGAACAAACAGUAGGACGUGUUAAGGCCUGUGUCCACCAAUCAUGUGUUUUGCGCCGACAGCGGCUAUUUUCUAUACAAAUCAAACUAUGAAGUUCGGCGUUCACAGUGCUCAGCGCCCUUGGCGUAAAUUGGCGCCAUUGCUCAGAGUGCUGAAAGUUUAAAUCUGUUCAACAGAACAGCGCUGGGCUCGUCAAUGUCACUUCUUUAUCGACGACCAAUAAACACUUGACUGAAGCACUCUGAAAAUGAGGUUGAGGGCGCCGGUGUCGGUGCAAAAAAUGUGAUUGGUGGACACAGGCCCAGACAGAGCCUCUCAUAGGUUGCGGGCUGACCCCUCCUUUCCAUUCAUAUCCUGUACAAAACAUGCCAUCAACCUGACUUCGCUUAACACGUCUGUGCUACAGUAACUGUUAGGUACUACCAAUGCAUUCCUCCCCUAUGUGCUGUGGGUGUGACCUGAUUUUUUGUGUUACUUAUCUCAAUGUAAUUCGUAAAACGAUGGGGUUUCAUGUCGUACCUCCAUCCUGAUCUUGUUUUUAGUAAUGUACUAUUAGGUAUUUGCUUAGUAUGUUAUCAGCGUUUUGAAAACAAAAAAAGAAUAAUCAUUCAUGAGACGCUGUUUUUUUUUCUGGACCAUAUUUAAAAAUGACAAGAUAAUAUUCUUUUUUUUCCCCAAAUGUAAAUAAUUAAUAUCUAUAUAUUUUUGAUCUGGCCAGCAUAGAGGACAUACUGAUGUUUUAUACUACAACAACAGUUCUGUGAUUUUAAUACUUCAGUAUUAAUCAAUGAUCUCCAUGAGAUGAAUUAACUAUGACAUUGUGUUUUCAUAUUGAAAAGUAAUUGUUUUUGUCUUGUAUACUAAACUUGUGCAUGUGGAACAUUGUUUGGUGCGUAUGUGUUGAGUUUUAUAAAUCAGUAACUUAAUAAAAUUGUU